CAUUCCGAGUCUCUAUACUUCUCCUCUGGCGACAUUUGCCUCUCAGCACCCUACGCGCAGGCCUUGGAGUCUUCUUCAGCUUACGGUCUUAUCUUCCGCGUCCACCGAUUUACCCUCUCACUACACUCCCCAGUCUUUCGGGACAUGUUCGAUCUUCCAGAACAGCCUGGAGCCAACGUGAUGUAUGACGGCGUCACACUGGUUCAAAUGCCGGACAGCGCAGAGGAUAUAGAGGCUCUACUCUAUGCUUUCUAUCACGGAUAUGAGCUCCCGUUUCCACGACUGCAUCCUGGUACGCCAAACGCCGUCAAAGGCAUCCUCAAGAUGGCGAACAAGUAUCAAGUCGACAAAAUCCGUCGCAUCAUCAUUGAACGUCUCGAAUCAGACUGGCCGCAGUCGCUUGCGGACUGGCGGAGGCUAGAAGCCGAAAUCGAGGUUAUGGGGAGCGAUGGUUGGGCACACGUCGAGGACCCUGACACCAUGGUACACUUACAUCUCGACCGUAGACUCCCCGAGCCUGCCUCAGCCAUCCGCCUCGCGCAAGAAUACAACAUCCCGAGCAUCCUUCCCGCCGCAUACUAUCAGCUAUCUCGACUCACCGUCGAGUACGACACGGAAUCAGUUGAGCAGGAUGCAGAGGCGUUCGUCAUGACGCAUGGUAUAGUGCAAAGAACGGCACAGUGGUCACUCCUCGAGGGAAGGGACUUCAUGCGUGUCCUUAGAGGCCAA